CAGUGGCACAUAGAGAAAAUUAGCACAUACACUUGUUCAUCCCCUGCCCCCCACACACACUGACCCACUGACUAGAUGACUCGGUCUUUCUCUCUCCACAACAUGCAAAUCGGGUCCCUCUCUGUCUCUUCUUUAUAACUCUUUCCCUCACUCAUUACGUAUGUAGAUCCCUCUAUUUGCAUUUGACGACAAAGGUGGACUGCAGGUGCUGACUGGUAUUUCGCCAUUUUAUUACGAGCUUAUAAAGCUACCAGACAACAAUCCUUCCUCACUUCUCACCCCCUCUCUCGUACAACUACUAAGCUCUCGCAUCUAAGUUCCUUUCAAACUUAAUAUUAUUACUUCUCUCCCUCUGAUCAUAUUACUGUUUCGCUUGUACUCCUCCUCAAACCCCCCCCUCCUUCAACUAUAAACUCAAUCUCCCCAAUUCUGUUUGCGUUCAAAGAAACCCACUUGAUCAUCUCUCCUAAGGGAAGAGUACUUGGGGUACCAGCUGAAAUCAAUAGAUUGAGAAAAGAAAGAAACGAUGCAUCGCUGCAGCACCUCUCAGGGGAACAUGGUGGGCCCAUGUACGUGUGGUAUGUAUCACAGCCAAAGCAGUCCCUUCUCCAUGCUAUUCUCCAUGCCCAACCACAUGCCCUAUGAUGAAUCCGAAAUGUAUUCCUUCGCAUCAUCUUCCGCUUCUGUGGAUUGCACUCUCUCUUUAGGAACCCCAUCUACUCGUCUUACCGAAGAUGACGAAAAACGACGGCGCUCUGGCUCCUCCGUGUCCAACUUUUGCUGGGACUUGUUACAGACCAAGCAAGCACCUUCAGCACCGCAAACUCACAAAACUAGCCGCGGAGGCAAUAAUGGCGGCAAUAACAACGCCGCCAAUGACCCUCUCCUCGCUCGCCGUUGUGCCAACUGUGACACCACUUCCACGCCCCUGUGGAGGAACGGUCCAAGAGGCCCAAAGUCGCUAUGCAAUGCUUGUGGUAUUCGAUUCAAGAAAGAAGAGAGGAGAGCCAGUGCGGCGGCCUCAACCACAACCAACAACGGCGCGAGCUCAGGAGGAAUAACAGAGCCAAAUCACAUGCUAAGUCACCAUAACACUUCAUGGUACGCACAUUCACAGACCCAGAAAAUGCCGUGCUACUCUCCUGCCAUUGGCAACGAGUUCCGGUUCAUCGAAGACAACGACCGAGAUUCGGAUACCGGCAUUCCCUUCCUUUCUUGGCGUCUCAAUGUCACAGAUAGGCCGAGCCUCAUCCAUGACUUCACGAGAUGAAUAAUUAAUCGACGGUCAAGAUCCUGCAAGUUUUUUAUGACCGCAACGAAUCACAAUGAUGAUGUUGAAGAUGUUGAUGAUGGCGAUAGUUUAUAGACUCGUCAAAUUCUUUUUUUUUUUGUUUUUUCCUUUUUCUCUUUGUUGGUGCUUCCUUUUCUCCGUCUUACAUAGAUGGAGUACUGAGACAAUUCUCUAUGUUGGUAGUUUGCUUUUCUUUCAGCUUCUUUCUUUAACUUUUCUCUCUCAAGUCUCAGUUACAAACCUACCUGGGCACCUUUUUUUGGUCUAGUUUCCAAGUUCUUAAACGUGACGUUUAUAUGAUAACGAUGAUCGUAUGUGGACCGCCCGAUCCUUUUGGUGUUUGACAAUAACACAAGGCUCUUGUUUA